AAGGGUGCAUGUUUCUCCCUCCGCAUAAAUUAUCGCCAGCAUAUAUAGUACCGAAAGAGAUUGCCGUAGCACUAAUUAAUCGGGGACAUACGCGACAAGAAAAGCAGACACCAACAUGCAAAGAAUGGUUCCACGUAUGUUCUCGCUUGCACUGUUCACACUUCUAAGCGUUAGUCUGUUGGAUCACCUAAGUUGCGGAUCCCCACUUGAGUCACUAGAAAGCUGUCCUGGAGGUCUCUGUGACAAAGACGCUCUCCUGGGGGUAGAGAAGAACCUGGCGGACGAUGACAACUUUUCAGACGACCUCUCGGGCGGCGUCGACAAACGACUUAGUAAGUUUGUGAGGAUCGGCAAAGCUUUGAGUCAUUUCGUAAGAAUAGGCAAGUCCACCGACGACGAUAACGAAGGGUUAGAUUCUGACCUCAUCGAGGAUGACGCCGACGAGAAGCGAGCGACCAACCACUUCCUGAGGAUAGGCAAAUCACCGAAUCAUUUCUUGAGGAUAGGCAAAUCGCCAAAUCGAUUCAUGAGAAUAGGCAAAGGCGUCAGUAGGUUCCUUCGCAUCGGCAAGAGUGACGAGGAUGACAAGAGAUCGGCCAGCAAGUUCUUGAGGAUAGGCAAAUCAGACAGUGACUUUGAUGACUUGCAAAAGAGAAGAAACGCUUUCAUCCGCAUCGGAAAGAUCCCGUCCUCGGCUUUCGUGCGCAUCGGUCGAGAGCCACUGUAUGCGGAAAUGAUGAAGAAACCCAGCAGUAACUUCUUGAGGAUUGGGCGAGGCCAGUCUUCCUUUAUUCGCAUUGGCAAGCGAAGUGUUGGGCUGUCCAACAACAUCGCCGUCUAAUAUUUGCGUCUGAAUAUAGGAAGAACCCGUCCUCAGGUAGAGCACAGAUGGUCCAAACUCAUUCAGUAUAGAAGAAACGUCGGAGAUCUGUUGAUAUGCAGCUCGAUAUACUACUAGUUACUUCACUUCAAACUGCAGUGUGCAAGACAAGCCUAGCACAAACAAACCCACUUCCACCCAUCACUCACGUGUAGAACACAUUAAUAUGUGAAAUUAUGUUUAAACUAAGAAGGUACAAUUUUCUUUUCAUUCAACCAUGGAUGUUGGACAAAUUGUGGAUUUUGUUUUGCAAUACAAAUAAUAACCCCUAAAUAAAAUAAAAUAAUUUAGUUUUUCAUCUUAAUGCCAGCAAAAUUUACUAUGGACUAACCAAUCAAACAGAACAAGUAUUGAAAUAAUGCUAAUGACUGCGAUACUGACAUCAACAAGACUUAUAGACUACCCGUGGAAAACCGCCUAGUACAGUCGAACCUGAUACAAAUACCACUCUCUACAACAACAACGUGUCCAUUAAGGGCAUCUCUAUAAACCUGUAGUUUAAAUUCCCAUGUUGUUAAAUGGCACUAUCUGCCAAUAAAUGACACCUGAAAAUAUUCCGUUCUGCAUUAACCUGCAUGUAUUCCAACCUAUAUAACAAGGAAACCUGAUCGACUGUAAUCAUAAUCAAUAUUUGAAAAUAAGGUCAUUCAGUGCCCAUCCCUGUGCAUGGAAUUGUGGGACAUUCGUUCAGAUGUGACGUCAUCAAUAAAGCAAUAGCAAUGGAGCGACUAUGUUGUUAUAUAGCUGGUUGUUGUAAAAUAAAUAUUUUUAAAUAUAA